AUGAAAAACGCAAAAAGAUUCAGCUGGUCUGAAUAUUUUGGUAAUGCAGAUAAAGUUAAUCAAACUCAUAAUGGAACAGCAUUAUAUGAUACUACAAGCCCUAAAAAUUAUUACGUUUUUGUUUGUACCUUUAAAGAAUGCAAAGAAAACGGUGCAAUUUAUAUCGAAAGAAAUAAUGAAAUUUACACAUUGCUUGAAGAUUCAAUAUUUUCUAGAUGCAAAUCCACUUCACAAAAUGGUGGUGGAUCUGUUUAUUUUUACGGUUAUUUAGCAGGGCAUAUUGUUCAACAACGAAAUUGUUAUUUUAAAUCAAUAGCAACAAGUGAAUGCAUGGCAUUUCAACAAUAUGUUCAAUAUUAUAACUAUGCUUUUGAAAUUUCAGUCUCAAACUGCGGAGAAAGUGUAGAAGAAAAAAGUACUACAUUUGGAAUUAUUGCAGGUGAUGUCCAAAUUGCGAAUAACAACAUCACUUACAACAAAUGCCGGAUCAAGUCAUCAAUAUAUAGUUAUCCAUUGGACACUUCAGGCUAUUGUAAUUUCUCAACAUUCAGAGAAAACAACCAAACUGGAAGUAAUUCCCUUGUACUUGGCACUUUAUCUGAUUCGGAAAAACAAACAGUUUCUUACUGCAAUGUUAUUGAAAAUAAAUGCGGAACAGACAAUGACCAAGUUCUAUUUCGUUGUAAAUACAAUACUACUAUUGAUCACUGCGCAUUUUUAAAAAACACUGCUGUAUAUUUGUUUUAUAUUGAUUUCGAAGGUUUCAUAAUGACUAUUUCUGAUUCAUUUGUUGAUUCAAAUUCAACAUCUGGACUAGGAACUGUUAAAUUUGAAAGAGAUCAUUUAAAUUCUGAAACAAUUAGUAUUGCUCUAUUAGAUGCAGAAAAUUGUUUCAUUGAACCAAAAGUAAUGACAGCUAAAGUUUCUUAUUUUUGUGCAUUGACAGAAACUUCACCGGCAUUAUUUGUAAAAAAAAUGAUAGAUUGCAUGAAUAGUUGUAAACUUCAUUUCAGAUUUAUUUUUGCAGUCAUUGAAGAAAAGUGUUUCAUCAUAUGCGUUGUUUAUCUGAAGUGUUGUAACACUUUUAUCUACUGA